AAAUAUAGUAAACAAAUGGAACGCAAAUUCGCCAGAAAUCUAAUUGUAUGCUUGUUGCUUGGGUGAAAUUGUGUGUUGGUAUCAAAAAAGCAGGCAAAAUGAUUCACGACAUUCUGUUUACGCUGUUUUCUUCAACUUCGGAUCUUCCAAUCGAAAACUUUACGAUUCCGGAGGUGGCUUCCAACUUUCUGCACCCCGGAGAGAUUAAAAUUCUGGAAGAUCUCAUUCGCAUUGCCAACCAAUACAAGGAAUUGAAGAAGUUCAUUCACCAGUAUGGAACCCAAUCGGCUGGCCUGAUAAAACCGAAACAACAAAAACCGUCGGAGGAACCGCUGCCACAGGGGCUGUACCUGCAGGCAUUCGCAGAUGGACUGGAUUUGGCGGUGAAACCGUACCGCGAUUUGAUAGUUCAACUGGAGGCCAACUAUCUGAAACGUCCUAAUCUGUCGUUGAUCUUCAUCUACCAUCAGGUGAAUCAGUACCAGUCGUUGUUCGGGUUUCUGCUACGGCUGGUCAGCGGAGUCAUCACUCAGAGGAUUCAUGGGUGCGCGUUGUUACAGUACCUGCAACAACACUGUUUGCACGGAAAUGAGAAGCACUACCAGGCUGUCAAAUUGAUCCAGAACGCGGUCUAUGCCAUAUUCAUAAAGCAACUGUUCGGUUGGCUACUGCACGGAAAAUUUGUGGAUCAAUUUGGUGAAUUUUUCAUUCGGCAUGUGGACAGUACCAGGAGUGGCGGACCAAGCUCCCCGCAAGGCACUACGGGCGGCGCAGGGACCCAAGUGUCGGUGAAUUCCUUUUCGGACAAUACCAGCAUCAACACAGAGUUAUGGCGAUACGAGAUUCGACACGAGAUACUGCCUUACUACUUUCCUGCGAGCUGGGCUGAAAAUGUGCUUUUCAUCGGGCAGACUGUCUUAAUGUUGAACUGCGAUCCAAGGGACAACACUGAGAAGCGAGCGAUCGGAGAUAAGAAAUUUGUGACCGAUAGGAAGUUUGCUGCCAUCAAGGACAGUCUUUGGGGUGAUCAGGAAUAUGCGUUCUUCAAGAAAUUCCAUCAGUUACAGUUGGAUGAGAAUCUAAACAUUGCCAAAUUUGAACACAUCGUGGAUGAAAUUAAGCUCUGCGUUACGGAACAGAUGUCCGAGAUUGCCAUCAAGGAAGCCGAUUUGAUUAAGCAAUUGAAAUUGAUCAAGGACUAUUAUUUGUUAGGCAGAGGAGAGCUUUUUUCAGAAUUAUUGCGACAAACGACAUCGCUGAAGAAACUGUUUGGUAAAGGCAUAACGGAUGGGUCGUCGAGGGAUUUUAAUCGAGCAUUCCAAUUGGCAGCCAAUAGUGUCAACAUAACCGAAGAUAUCGAGCAGUUUUCGUUUGCCUUGCCUCCCAAAGAGGAAGUUGAUAGUUUUUGUUACGAAACGAAAGGAAUUCUCAGCUAUAUCACACUCAAGUACAAAGUGAAAUGGCCUCUGCAUUUGCUAUUUUCUCCCAAAACCUUGGAUAAAUAUAACGAAAUGUUUAGAUUUCUGCUACGUGUUCGUAAGAUUCAGUACGAUAUCCAUCAAGUCUGGUCACUACAGAGGGAGAACAAAGUCAAGAAAAAUUCCGAACUGCUUCAGUUUCGUAGCCAACUGAUGUUCCUCAUCGAUAACCUGCAGUAUUACCUACAGGUGGACGUUCUGGAAAGCCAGUUCAGUAUUCUCAUGGGUGCUAUCAGUGAGACAAAAGAUUUCGAAAGAAUCCAACGUGCCCAUACCGUUUUUCAAGCGAAUGUGCUUAGCCUUUGCUUUCUGCUGUCUAAUAAUACUUCCGAUAUGACAACGACGGGAAUUAUCCACGUCAACGAGAAUCCAGUGCUAACGAUUUUGGAUAAAGUAUUGGUGAUUGUGGACAAAUUCUGUUCAUUCUGUAGCAGCUGCAAAGACCCAAUGACCAAGGUGGAACGGCAAGAGUUCAAUGGCUAUGAACAAGCGUUCAAAAACCACGUAGAUUCGCUGCUGCAGCUUCUGAUCGGUCUCAAAGCUGGCCCAAGCAGUGCUCCGCUCUCUCAAUUGCUGUUACGGUUGGAUUUCAAUCAUUGGUUCAGUAAUAAUACUCAGUCAAAAUCUUCCUAAAAUAAAUCGUGCCUUCGCAGUGGCGCUUUAUUGAUCGACUUCCAUCUU